UGACAGGUCUAGAUCUGAACAUUUCUUUCAUCUUCUAAAGUUGAGAAUAUAUUGCGGAGAAGUCUUAUUCGGGUAGUCAUGAUCCUGAUCCCGAAGUACUAUAAAGUGCUGCUGCAUCCAGUAAAAAAAGCUCACCAGCUGCCAAGUCUCUGGUCGACAACCUCAAAAAGUCAUAUAUCCGUGUGGAACGCAAACAACUCCUCAACAGUUCGUAGACGACUCGUAACUAUGCCUCAAUCCACUUCGCCUGUAAGACGCGAAUUCAAGAUCCGUGCCGCCAAGCCCAAAGAUGUUGAAGCAAUCGCAGCUCUGGGAUCACGAGUAUUCUCCAACAGCUUUGGUUAUUCACUAUCACCCGUCGACCUCGAAGCAUAUCUUCAAUCGGCAUACAGUCAUACAGCUAUUAAAUCCGAUCUCUCAAAUUCCAACAUGGAUACCAUCGUGGCGACGGACUCCAACGAUCACGUUGUAGGCUUCUCCCAGCUGACUCGAGGUACAACGGAACCAUGUCUAGCAGGAGUUGAAAAGACAGUAGAACUGCAAAGGUUAUACGUCUCAGAGGAUUGUCAUGGUGCUGGAGUUGGGAGAAAACUCGUUGAUAGGGUUGAGGGGAUGGCGAGGGAGCAGGGCUUUGUUACUAUGUGGUUGGGAGUCUGGGAGGAGAAUUUCAAGGCACAGAAAGUUUAUCUGAAGCUUGGAUACGUGAAGGUUGGAAGUCAUGAUUUUAAAAUGGGGGAUUGCAUUCAGACGGACUGGAUCAUGAGCAAGAAGCUUUGAGAUGGAGUAAUUGCUUCCUUGGAGUUAUAUUGUUUGACGUUGGAGGAUCUAGAUCGCAUUGUUAGAUUUGGGGAAUAUUCGGUAGGGACACUGAGAGCGGCGUGAGCAAUAGAAUUGUGAUAGACUCUGUUCGAAUCAAAAGCACCACGAGUGCAUGCAGACUUAGACUUAGACUUUCAGAGGCUCUCGUCAAUAUCUUCCCCUUCUAGGAGUUUACAGCAGCGCCGAUUUAUGCAAGUGACACGUCGAAAAGCCUCGACGUUUCACAAGCACAGCAACGAAGAGUUAGACCAUAAAUAUCUUCCACUGCUUCAGUAGGUUAAUUGUUUCAACCAAAAGACUAUCCUUGAUCUGAGCGUUUCGUGAUGAGCAAUCAGGUUGUUUAAUGCCUGAGAAACUGGGUGACGUUUACUCUGAGCAUGGAAUAACUUGUCGCGACAUACAUAUGCAAGGCACAUACCAUAGGACCGGAUGGAUGCAUCGAAGUUCUUCGCUGUCAUGGGCUCUUGCAGUAGCAUAUGAUGAUGUUGUGCAGACGAUGGGAGAAAGCGGUGCCAUUCUCAUACAGCUGGAGUGGGCAACGACGACCUUGUUGAUAUUGCGAUCGGGCGAUUCCGACGUGCCAGACCAGCCUCCGCCUGAAUGUGGCUUGAAUGGCGAGGAAAAGCAAACUAUUUGAAACUCGAUACCAAUCAGCCAACAAAAUAUCCUGAUAUGCAUGUCAAUGAUGAUUCGUCUACGAGACGGGAUAAAUCCUGGAGCUGACCCGGCAAGAGGGGGAAGUUUACGGCCGCCACCACCAACUGUAGGUUGCCGCCGCCCUCCCUGAACAUACCAUGCAUCAGACCGGCGAUACCUGAUUUUGAUCUACAGGGCUGGAACACGAUGAUCUUAAAUUGUAUGCAACUGCUAUCCAACUCGCAUGGAAAAGUUGAUAAGGAUUUAGGAAGAUCCUACGACAACUUAUCUCAGAUUAUGCGAUAGUCCUUUUUGGGAAAACACCAAUCUGAUUGGUUGUUCGUCGGCUGUCUAGUCCCAUUUCUUUAUGACUACUAUUAAGAUCACUUGGAUCGACUUCAUCUGGUUCAGCUCCAUCGACGGAAGCCAAUCCAGCAGUAACAGCUGUCGUGAGUCGUGACACAGUCCCGACUUCACCCCGCCUUUGCGACACUUGUCACGAUGCUCAAUGCCGUUGACUUCAGGACGGCUUCGCACGAAUGCUUGUAAGCUUCUCCCAAGCGGCCUUCUUACAUAUCGCAGAGCUACACAUAGGCAGCACCCAGAUCUGCACCUGGAAGGAGGUCGUUAAACCAAGUGGCAGGCGACUAUUUUCUUUUCCACACACUGGUGUGCGAACCUGCAUGCAUAUCUCACUUGAUCCCUAUGGCCGGGAAACAUCGAGAGUGCAAAGGCAAGCUUCAUGCAGCGCCGGAUGCCGCACUUGGAGUGUUCUAGCUGUCCGCCGACAACCUUCACACAAGUGCACUUCGUGAUGGUUGUAGUCGCCACGCGGUUGAUUGGACAUGCGACAUAACCUGGCGGCGCAAAGAGCCAAGCAAAGCUUGAGCGCGCUGUCAAGGACGGGAAAGAGACACAGGCCAUGGACGUGACCCACCGAAGAUACCGAUAUGAAAACUUGUCGAGACACGAGGGAUCUGAGAAACCGCCAGCUCUGUUGAUCGCGCAGUGGCCAACAACUUCGUCCGCACGCACCCCUUGUCGUGACGCUGUCUUUCCUUCAUUUUGGCGCAUUCCAAACAUUCUCGCUCUUGGUAGUGCCCGAGUCUAGAGCCGGCUAGACGAUGCUGAUACUUCUCUAGCUCGUCGUUCCAUGUGCGGUAGGGUUCAGUAGCAGAUUGCCGACUGGUGGGAAACUUCACGGCUCACUCCACCCCCCCUCUUCGAUCAUGCCGGCGUUGUCCGUUGGCCGGACCUUUGGUAGCUGUCUUCAAGCUAUCCUGGUCGUCCAUCCUUGCACCAGUGGCACUUGAGAGAUAUGACAUUUUUAUAUAAUAGUCCACUUCUCCCUCCACGAUGAAAUAUCAAGCAGGCCUCCACAGUCAAUAUUCGGCACUGAUCUGAUAUAGAGCCGGCUAUCAUUCCAUUUCUCCCUCAUCAAUUCGUGGUCGCCCAUAGGAAAAGAAGUAAUUGUACUUCAAGAUGGCUAUCUUCACGACGAAGAAGGAGCCUGAUGUCGAGGCCGGAGAGAAGACUAUCGAUAGCCUCGACUAUGUCCCCGACGACGGGGCCAUUGCAGCGGAGACAUUUGUUGUUGGAGAUUCUUGGUAUGCGAAGACCCAAAGAUUCGCUGGGAAGAUGGGUGUUGAGCAAAGAGGUAUCGAAAGGGUGCCCAGCGAUGAAAGAACAACCGCUCCUGUUUCCCAAGUCGGCACGAUGUGGCUCUCUGCAAACAUGGUCGUCUCGUCCUUCGCCAUUGGCGCUCUGGCUUACCCUGUAUUCUAUCUCGGAUAUGUCGACACUAUCUUGAUCAUCCUCUUCGUCAAUCUUCUUGGUAUAAUUCCUGUCGCUUUCUUCUCCACUUUCGGUCCUCGCUUCGGUCUAAGACAGAUGGUUUUGUCGAGAUACUUUUUCGGAUACUAUGGUGUUAAGAUAGUUGCUGUUUUGAACGUCCUCGCUUGUGUCGGCUGGAGUGCAGUAAAUGUCAUCGUUGGAGCCCA